AUAUCAUCGAUGAUUUUCUAGUGAUUAUUGGAAAGUUUUUUAAUGGAACGUUUAAUUAAAUUAUAUUAGUUGUUUAUUUGGUGCACACACAAAAGCGGUUGCAAGCGCAUACAGUGCCGCACCGAACGCCGAACUGAAGCUGAGGACAGCAGAAAUCUCGGAAUUUUCUCGAAAUCCAUCCGCCCGCAUACCGUGGCAACAAAAACAACUGCAGCGGCCAGCGAGCACACAAAGAGGACAGCACCAUUCCACGCAUCGCACUACAACCAACGCAAAACCAGUUUCCCGUGCGCCUCUUUAUUCGAUUUGCAUUGCAGCCCCCCGCUCACGCAAACUCUGCUGCGGCGGAAUUUGGUGCCACACUAAGGGGCGUCUAUAGCUUCUACCGACCUCGCGAGUGAACUGCAUUAUGAUGGUGGAGUCCGACGGUACUGCCGAUGCAACUCGCCGCCUUAACGUGAAGAAACAGACACUGGACGAUGCGUACGCAGUGCCCGCCAACUUCCUCGAAAUCGAUGUGGUCAAUCCGCUGACCACCAUGGCGGCGGGCAAGAAGCGCUACACGGACUACGAAGUUCGCAUGCGGACAAACUUGCCGGUCUUCAAGGUGAAGGAAUCGAGUGUGAGACGGCGUUACAGCGACUUUGAAUGGCUAAGAAACGAGCUGGAAAGGGACAGCAAGAUUGUGGUGCCGCCACUGCCGGGUAAAGCCUGGAAGAGGCAGAUGCCAUUCCGCGGCGACGAGGGCAUCUUCGACGAGAGCUUCAUCGAGGAGCGUCGCAAGGGCCUGGAGGCGUUCAUCAACAAGAUAGCCGGUCAUCCCCUGGCGCAGAAUGAACGCUGUCUGCAUAUGUUCCUCCAGGAGAAUGUCAUCGACAAGAACUAUGUGCCGGGAAAGAUACGGAACACAUAAGGAGGCGGCGCCGAAGACGACAACAGAAUCAAUAGCAAUGCAAUGAAGCAACAACUCGAACGAACAAAACCGUUACGAACUCUAUUAGGGAGUAUACCCGAUCCGUGUGUAUGUGUAUGUGUGUGUGUGCUUAGCAAGAUUAAGAAGAAACGAAGAACUGGAUGGGAGGGACGGUCGAGAGAAGGAGCGUAGAAGUAGAAGUAAAGGAAUCUGUUUAUUAUUCGGCGCAGGCGGAAGUGCAGUGGAAGCGGAAGUGUAAGUGGACUUCACGUCGCUGUUGCUGCUGCUGCCGAAUCUGCUGCUCAGUUAAUGUUGAAGCAUUGAGAGUUUUUAAAUGCUAAAUUCAAGUUUAUAUGGUAUACAUACAUUAUAUACAAUAUAUUAUACAAACAAUACAUAUAUUUACAUAAUAGUGUACAUAAAACAUACAUACCUACCACGCCCACUCAAUGAUUGACGUGUCCUCUCUAUCCCCCAAUGCAAGUCCCGUUGCCAAAUGUCUUGGCAGCUCCAUUCCCCCGCCUCUGAAGCGGGACCCCAGCCGCCCCCCGUCAGUGUAGUUGUGCGAAAUUUUUUGAAUUAUUCUUGGUUUUUCGUCAAAAUGCAGCAGUAAGAAAGCAGCAAAAGUUAUAUGUAUACCCUCCCUCGUCCCAAGAAAUGGAAA